AUGAAAUAAUUACAAAUUAAAAGAUUAUUGUCUUUGAUACCAGAUAGACAACAAUCUCCUAGUCAUAAUUAAUUAUUUGAUAUUGAUUUAACUGUUCAAUAACCCAAGAUUAAACCAAAAUAACUUAUUAUUUAAGAAUUACCUUUGUUCUUAAAUCAAUAACAUAUUUCAAUAUUACCUCUUGUUCCUUAAAGAAUGAAAACUGAAGUUUACAAAAAAAUUUAAUAAAAUGGUAGCAAACCUUCAAAAAGCGAAGAUGAAAGAUUUAAUACAAUUGAUGUAGUUAGAUCCAAAUCUCGUAAACCAACUGAAAUUAGAAAAAUUUCCUUCUCCAACUCUUAUUAAGCUUAAUUAUAAUAAAAUAAAGUCAGAAAACUAAGAUACUCUUAUGAAAUUAGAAAAAGAAAAAAUAGUCUCAAUAAAUUUAAUUUUGAAGCUCAUUUUUAUCAAUUUGUUGAUGCAAGUCAUAGUUUAAAUAUUAGCAAAAUUAGAAUUAAUAAAUAAAUAAUAUUCUAAAGGUUAAUAAAUAAAUAUGGAACAGCUAUAAGUUAAAAAAUAAUUAAUUUUUUUGAAAUUCCUUAAUAUAUUGAUUUUUAAUCUUGGAAAUCUUUAACAUAGAAACUACUAUCCAUCAAUUAAGAAUAAAUUAUUGUUUUUAUAUAUCGAUUAAUUCAUAAUCAUCGCCAUUUAUCAUCAACCGAUUUAUUUUAACUAGGAUUAAAUACAUAAAGUGAAGCAAUAUAAAAAGAUAUUAAAACGAUCUUAAAUUAUAUAUAAUAAUCUCUAAAUACAGAAAUUAUUGAUAAUGAAGAAAAAGAGUAUUUAUAAAAAUCUUCAAUUUUCAAGGAUAAUCUCAAUUUGAGUAGUCUUUUAACUUGGACUGAAAUAUAUUAAAUUGAUGUAAAUAGUAAGUUAAUUAUUUUAAGCAAUCAAAAAGUAUUAAAUAAACAAAAGGAUUAAAUUAUAGAAAAUCUGUACCAAUAGAAUAAUUUAUUAGUAUUUAUAUGACAGAAGAAAAAGAAUAGACCAUAAAUUUUAAUUCAAUAAUAACCAAAUAUCCAAAUAAAUAUGAAUAAAAUGAACCUUUUUCUAUAAAUUUUCCAAUAUUUAGACGCAUAUUUUAAAAUUAGUAAAUUCACUUAUGGAAUGAAAUUUACUCUUUUUUUACAAUGUAAACUUGCUGA